GGUGUGACCAUAAGCUGCUAUUCCAGUUUUGUUAAUGAUUAAUGAAGAAGCAAGCAAAGAGCCUCAAGUCAGAACUCAGACCUUUUUGUUAUUUGACACCAAACUCAACCUCAAACACGCCAUGACCUGCCUGGCUGCCGUGCUUCUUUUUCUUCUUCAGUCAAUCUACAGGCCAUGUCAAGCUCAAGAAAAGAGUUCUCUGCAUUUUGUUGGUAUUGGAGACUGGGGUGGCAUUCCCUUCUCUCCUUUCUACACAGCUCAAGAGCAGAAGAUAGCUCAGGAAAUGGGUAGAGUGGCUAAAAGUGUGGGCUUGGACUUUGUCUUGAGUUUGGGAGAUCACUUUUACUACAGUGGAGUCAAGGACAUUGAUGAUAUACGCUUCAAGGCAACAUUUGAAGGUGUAUUUUCUCAUCCAGCUCUGAUUGCUGUUCCAUGGUAUCUGGUGGCAGGGAAUCAUGAUCACUUAGGAAAUGUGUCCGCUCAAAUCGCCUAUUCAUCCAGAUCAGAGAGGUGGCAUUUCCCUGAACUCUAUUAUGAGCUGAAAUUUAAGAUUCCUCGCACCAACAUCACCAUGACCAUCCUGAUGAUAGAUACAGUAGUAUUGUGUGGGAACACUUACGACAAAGACCAACCCCAAGAACCAGAGGACCUCACAUCUGCAGAACAACAGUUUGAGUGGAUCAAGAAGAUGCUUCAAAACACUAAAUCUGAUUAUGUGGUUGUGGCUGGUCAUUACCCUGUGUGGUCCAUUGGUCAUCAUGGUCCUACUCGCUGUCUGGUAGAGAAGCUCAGACCACUGCUGAAGAAGUACAAUGUCACUUUAUAUCUCAGUGGUCAUGAUCAUGAUUUACAGUUUAUUAGAGAAGAGGAUGGAAGUUCAUUUGUCGUCAGCGGGAGCGGAGAUGUCCUGAACAACUCCACUUACCACAGCAAGAGCUUCCCUUCAUCUUGGCAAGUGUUUUCUAGUGCAGUGAAUCAGACUUUAGGUGGUUUUGUAUACUUUGAGGUGACAGAGAACAAGAUGUUAGUUAAUUACCUGCAGUUAGAUGGUAAGUGUUUGUAUCAGACCUCUUUGAAUAAACGAACCACAUGAUAGACUAAUAAUGAAGUGGCUCUGAAUGAACUCAGCAAAACAGUUUCACUUAACUAGUCUCACUGCACCUGAUCUAUCAUAUUGCAUAUAUAGUAAUGUUGUCAACUGUUUUAAACCACAUUUCUUUUCAAAAUUCUUCAUGUCAAAUCAUAGUGAAACACUGUCAUGCUUUUUGACAUUCGUUACAUUGAUGUUUAGUUAAGGACAAUGAAAUGACAGAAUUUUUGGAAUUGUUCACUAGUCAGAAUCUCGGUGUGUGUGCCCGUCUGUAUGGCUGAAACAGUGUAAAAAGCAAUAAACACAGAUCUACAUGAUCUUGAAAAAUUUA